AUCUGACGUUUGUACUUAACAUCUGACGUUCGUUCUUUAACAUCUGACGUUCAUAUUUUGACAUCCCCCAGACUCUUUGCCAGGACCCGCCCUGCUGCACAGACAUUCCCCAGGACUCCCAAACACAGACCCAAGACAAAAGAAACAAAUGUCCGACCACGAAGCCUUGCGCAUUUUCGCCAGACAGCCCGUGUCCUCGGCCAUGGUGGAGAUCUUGGCGUCCACCACGGCGUCGGUGAUCCAGGUCAAGCCAGCCAAGAAAGCAGCCGAGAAAAUGGGCCGUUUUUUCGUGGCGCCCACGCAGGAAAACGUGCUGCUCCAGAAGUUCAUCGGCCGCUUGAUCAGCUAUUCCAACGUGCAGACUCCCACGCUCAUGACGUCGCUCGUGUAUUUGAACAGACUCAGAAACGUGUUGCCGGGCAACGCGGUGGGCAUGGAGACCACGCGCCACCGCAUCUUCUUGGCUGCUCUCAUCCUAAGCGCAAAGACGCUAAAUGACUCCAGCCCCUUGAACAAGCACUGGACAACGUACACCGACGGGCUCCUCACGAACGAGGAAGUCAACCUGGUGGAGCGCGAGCUCAUCUCGCUUUUGAACUGGAACCUCAACGUGACGCAGGCCGAGUUAAUGGUGGCGUUGCAGCCGUUCUUGGCGGACAUCAAAUCCGAUCUCCGCCGCAAGCAGGACGCGGAGGACUUGGCCAAGGCCGAGUACUACCGGUUGUCCAGCUCGUACACCAACUCGACCAACUCGAUUGCGUCCUACGACUCGUCCAAAUCUUCUCUCUACAGCUCGAGCUCCAUGCUUUCCUUGCGCAAGCUGGCCAGUUCGCUGUACAGCUUGGCCGAGUCUCUCCCACGCACGCCUCUCCGAGACAAAUCCACGGCAUCGCUCAAUGUGCGCGGGGCCCAUGCCUACGAUACCAAGGUGCAGCUGACGUUGGCGGUGCCAAGAACAGCGUACCAACAGUACGUGUAGAAGGGCUUCGGGGCGCCCGAGCCUCUCUCAGCUGCUGGACACCUGACCGAGCCACCGGGCGUUUCCUACGAUGGUUCACUUCUUCUGUUGCGCAAGACAACAUUCCCGAUUGCUUUUGUUUGCGACCCGUUUCUUUUCGUUUCUCCACAAGACUUUUUAUAGAAAGCUAUAGCUUAAAUACAUUCAUUUCAGGCUCACAGUGUAUGCGGUGCAGGGCAAGGUCGGGAUGCGCCUGCGCAGGCAU